GGAAGCUCAGCCGUCAGUUGAACCACCUCUCUCCGCGGCCUCACAAUUUGGAGCAGGGAAAAAGGACCCACCUUACAGGCCCCCUGUGUGGAGGCAAACCUGACACCCAGGGCUGGGAUGUCUCUCAAAUUUCCUCGUCACUGGGAUUUCCACCUGAAGAAGGAAAUAUCCAAAAUAGUUCGCUCGCAGAGCAUGAUGGCCGUUGAUGCAAAAGGCUCCAGCACUUGGCUUCAGGCCCCCAACCCUCUGGAGCGCCCCUUGAAGACCGGCUGGCUGAAGAAGCAGCGCUCCAUCGUCAAGAACUGGCAGCAGAGGUACUUCGUGCUGAAGGGACAACACCUGCUUUAUUACAAGGAAGAGGAAGAUCUGAAGCCCCAGGGUUCCUUACAACUUCAAGGCUGCACCAUCAGAGAAGUGGCUUCUGGGUCCGAGGAAGCUGGAAAAUUUAUCUUUGAAAUCAUUCCAGGGUGUCCAGGAGAGCAAACUCGAACUGGGCCAGACUCCUUUGUGCUGAUGGCAAAUUCUCAAGCUGACAUGGAGGAGUGGGUCAAGCUACUCCGAAGAGUAGUUGGCUCCCCAUUAGGAGUGGUCUUUGGACAACAGCUGGGGGACACCAUGAUGUACGAACAGCGAUUUGGGCAGCACCUGGUUCCUAUCUUGGUGGAGAAGUGUGCAGACUUCAUCAGGAUGAAAGGCCUGGACGAAGAGGGCGUUUUCCGACUGCCUGGCCAAGACAAUUUGGUGAAGAAACUGCGGGAUGCGUUUGAUGCUGGCGAGAGACCCUCCUUUGACCCAGACACAGAUGUGCACACGGUGGCUUCUUUGUUUAAACUUUACCUGCGAGAACUCCCUGAGCCGGUCAUUCCUUGGAGCCAGUAUGAGGAUUUCCUCCUGUGUGGGCAGCUUCUAACUUCUGACAAAGGCAAGGGUUACCCACAGCUAGUGAAGCAGUUGGCACAUUUACCCCCGGACAACUAUAACCUUCUGAGCUACAUCUGCCGGUUUCUGCAUGAGGUCCAGCAGAGUUCUGACACCAACAAGAUGAGUGUGGAGAACCUGGCAACCGUAUUCGGGGUGAACCUCAUCCGUCCCCAGAUAGAAGAUCCAGUGACUAUUAUGAGAGGGACCCCGCAGAUUCAGAAAGUGAUGACGACAAUGAUCAGCGACCACAAGAAGCUCUUCCCAGGGGCCAAAGACCCACAGCCUUCUCCGCCUCCCUCCGAAAGCGGCUCCAAGAAAGCUCCAGUGCUUCGAAGCUCCGUCGGUUGGGAUGCUGUCCAGAGGCCAUCCAUGACCCGGAGGGACAACAGGAGCCUGUUGCAAAUUAAAGAUGAUCUCGAAGCUUCCAACUCCAAAUUAAGUGACGGUUCGGCUCCCUCAGCAGAAGAUCAAGUAGAACCUCAGUCUAGGGACGGUCUGGAGACGCAGGCCAUGCGAAAGAGGACACAGACGGUGCCAAACAGGAAAUGCGUGGAGAGCUUUUCUUCCAACAGGGGGCACAAAAACAUGGACAGAAGUGAUAUUUUCAGUAGCAACUUUUGGUCAUCGUCCUCAUCUUCUUCUUCUUCUUCAUCAUCAUCAUCCAUGGUCCAGCCCAGUCCUCAUUCUCCCUCAAGAGGUCACAGGAGGACUUUGUCUCAGGGAAUUUCUAAACUGUUCAGCUUCGCACAGCCCUCCGACUCCAGCAGCCUCUGCGCUUUGGAGCAGGGUGCCCCAAGUGAGGCGGACCACAGUUCUUCAAGCCAACUGGGAGAUGAUUUUGGGACGUGUUUACAAGUGAAUGACCCUCCCGGGGCUAAAGAAAAUGGUUCCACAAUUCUGGAGCUCUCGUUUGAGGAGGACAACGUGUAUCCAGAAGACCCUGGACUGCUUAGGAAGAUGAUUGCGGAGUUGAAGAAGGACAUGAUGGCACAGAAAAAUAGCUAUGAGGAGCAAAUUAGAAGCCUUGAGAAGGAAAACUUUGAAGUCUGGACCAAAGUGGUGAGGCUUAAGAAAGAGAUUGAAGAAGAAAAGGCUAAGUCUGCAGCGCUGGAGUCGGAGCUCCAGAACCUUCAACGUCCCAGGAAGGUCCGCGAGCAGAACCAACCCCACGAAGACUCCUCGGAGCCCACAGGCCAGGUGCCCACAAGAACUGAGCAGAGGACAGAGUGUGCAAACCAGCUGUGAUUCCUCUCUGUCAAAGGACUGUUGUACUUACACUUGUUAGUAAGUCAGUAGAGAACCCCUGGUGGGUUUGCCAAGGCUAGAUUCCCUUCUCUCGAGAGGGUUGAUUCUAGUGGCUCUGUGUACAGGAUAAUACUUUUUCCAAGUAAGGGAUUUUAAUUCUAUCUGUAAAUGAUAAAAACAAAAUACAAAGGUGUCUUUGAAUAAGUAAACUUGCUAC